CUUUCAAUGUAAAGCCUGCCAAUAAAAACCAAACUAUGUUAGGAAGUUGCAUUAUCUUCUUACUUUGAAACUCCACCCUUCUUCCACCCAAAAAAAUGGAGACAAAUCUUCAACUGCCUUUACAAAUUCAUCACUUUAAACCAUCUUCUCUUAAAUACCCACCAUUUUUUUCACCUCAAAAUCAAUUUUUUCAUAAACCCAUCUCCAAUUCUUCUACUAAUUUUGGUUUUCGUAGUAAAAAUAGUCUUCAAUUGAAGCUUAGAAGUAGAAUUAGAAGAAGAGUUAGUGAAAUUGGAGUUGAAUUGGCUAAAUUAGAGGAGAAAGAAAAAGAUAAGGAGCAACAAGUUAAAAGGGCAUACCCAUUUCAUGAAAUUGAGCCCAAAUGGCAAAAAUUUUGGGAGGAUAAUAAAACUUUUAGAACCCCAGAUGAUGUUGAUACUUCUAAACCUAAGUAUUAUGUUCUUGACAUGUUUCCUUACCCCAGCGGAGCUGGGUUACAUGUUGGUCAUCCACUCGGAUAUACAGCUACUGAUAUUCUUGCCAGAUUCAAAAGGAUGCAGGGUUUCAAUGUUCUGCAUCCUAUGGGAUGGGAUGCAUUUGGGCUGCCAGCAGAGCAGUAUGCUAUUGAUACAGGUACCCACCCUAAAAUCACAACUAUGAGGAACAUUGGGCGUUUUCGAUCACAGCUUAAAGCACUGGGCUUCUCAUACGAUUGGGAUCGUGAAAUCUCUACAACAGAACCAGGGUAUUACAAAUGGACACAAUGGAUUUUUCUUCAACUUUUGAAAAGAGGAUUGGCCUAUCAGGCAGAAGUUCCUGUCAAUUGGUGCCCUGCUCUUGGCACAGUGUUGGCAAAUGAGGAAGUGGUAGAUGGUGUCAGUGAACGUGGGGGUCAUCCAGUGAUUCGAAAGCCAAUGAGGCAGUGGAUGCUCAGGAUCACUGAGUAUGCAGAUCGCCUUCUUCAUGAUCUGGAAGAGCUUGACUGGCCUGAAAGUUUAAAGGAAAUGCAAAGAAAUUGGAUAGGGAAGUCAGAAGGAGCCGAGCUGGAAUUUCCAGUGAUUGAUGUUGAUGGACAAGAAAGAGGGGUUGAAAUUACUGUUUAUACAACGAGGCCAGAUACUAUUUUCGGAGCAACAUAUCUUGUGCUGGCACCGGAGCAUCCGUUGUUGGAAUCACUAAUAUCCACAGACCAAACCAAACAUGUUGAGGAGUAUAAAGAGCUUGCCUCAAGAAAGAGUGACCUUGAGAGGACUGAGCUCCAAAAGGAGAAAACUGGAGUCUUUACUGGUUGCUAUGCAAAGAACCCUGCCAAUGGAGUGGCCAUUCCCAUAUGGGUGGCAGAUUAUGUUCUAGGAAGCUAUGGUACUGGAGCUAUAAUGGCAGUUCCUGCGCAUGAUACACGUGACCAUGAAUUUGCUUCGAAGUAUGAUAUUCAAAUUCAUUGGGUUGUCAAGCCAGAUGAUGAAGACGGCAGCAGUGUAGGUAAGGCCUAUUCUGGCGAUGGUAUUAUCAUGAACUCAUCUUGUUUGGCAACAGGGCUUGAUAUCAAUGGCUUGUCUAGCAAAGAAGCCUCUGCAAAAGUAAUUCAGUGGGCUGAGGAAACUAGAAAUGGAAAGAAAAAGGUGAACUACAAGUUAAGGGACUGGCUUUUUGCUAGGCAGCGAUAUUGGGGGGAGCCUAUACCUGUAAUAUUUUUGGAUGACAAUAGCGAGAGUGUUUCGCUUCCUGAAAGCGAAUUACCUUUGACACUUCCUGAGUUGGAUGAUUUUACUCCUACUGGGACUGGUGAUCCGCCAUUAUCCAAAGCGGCAUCUUGGGUACAAACAGUAGACCCAAUAUCAGGAAAGCCAGCCAGAAGAGAAACAAACACCAUGCCCCAGUGGGCUGGCUCGUGCUGGUAUUAUUUGAGAUUUAUGGAUCCAAAAAAUUCAAAGGAAUUAGUCAACAAAGAAAAAGAAAGGUAUUGGGGCCCAGUUGAUGUCUAUGUUGGUGGUGCUGAGCAUGCAGUCCUUCACUUACUUUAUGCGAGGUUUUGGCACAAGGUUCUCUAUGACAUUGGUGUUGUGUCUACAAAGGAACCAUUCAAGUGUGUUAUAAACCAGGGAAUUAUCUUGGGAGAGGUCCAAUAUACAGCACUAAAGGACACAAAUGGAAAUUUUAUAUCUGCAAAUUCAGCUACCAUGUCUGGUGAUCUUUGUCAAGAACAAAUUCCUGAGGAAAAAGUUAUGAAAUCAGGCGAAUUUUUUGUGUUGAAAGAGAAUCCAACUAUUCGGCCGAUUGCUCGAGCUUAUAAAAUGAGUAAAAGCAAGGGUAAUGUCAUUAAUCCAGAGGACGUGGUUGCUGAGUAUGGUGCUGACUCACUCCGCUUGUACGAGAUGUUCAUGGGACCAUUGAGAGACUCAAAGCCAUGGAAUACUAGUGGAAUCGAAGGUGUUUAUCGAUUUAUGGGGAGAGUAUGGAGACUAAUUGUGGGCUCGCCUCUAUCUGAUGGUUCAUUUAAUGAUGGAACAAUUGCCGUUGAUGAAGAUCCCACCAUAGAACAACUUCGUUCGCUUCAUAAAUGCAUUGAAAAGGUCACUGAGGAAAUUGAAGCAACCCGGUUUAACACUGGUAUUUCGGCAAUGAUGGAGUUCAUUAAUGCAGCAUACAAGUGGGACCGACAUCCAAGGUCAAUCUUUGAGGCAUUUGUUCUGCUGCUUUCACCAUAUGCACCUCAUAUGGCUGAGGAACUCUGGUUUCGCCUUGGAAACUCAAAUUCACUUGCAAAUGAGCCUUUCCCAAAGGCUAAUCCAGCGUAUUUGAAAGACUCCAAAAUAGUCCUCCCCGUUCAGGUCAAUGGAAAGACACGAGGAACCAUACAAGUAGAAGAAACAUGUACUGAAGAUGAAGCUUUCAGAUUAGCCUCCACAGACGAAAAGCUGUCAAAGUACAUCAAUGGGAAAACCAUCAAAAAGAAGAUCUUCGUUCCUGGUAAGAUCUUGAAUGUGAUUGUGGUUCCUGAAAACGCCAAGGUGGGUCAGCGAUGAACCCCUUUUCCUCGGCCUUUGUUGAAAUUUCCUUCUCAGUUGGAGCAGAAGUGCAUCACAUUUCAUAAAUACGAAGCCAGUCCGAAGCUUAAUUCACUAUAUCACAGGAAUGCAGUAUGAUUUCUUCAAUUUUCUUUUUUUUUUUUACUAGAUUUGUUUAGUGGGAUUGUUGCUUCUGAGUAGAUUCUGCAUGAUGUUUUCUCUUACUGCAAAUGGUGCGCUAGAAGCAUAUCUAUGACAGGCUUUUUUUUCUUUUUCUUUACUCAAAAGUUUUCUCCUUUUCCAGUCCUAACACAAUACAAAUGCUGAGCUAUUAUAUUUUGAUUCAUUUGUGUAUAAUUAUUAUUAAGUGUAUAUAUUAUGAAUGAUCUUGAAAUGAGGAUUAUGGUUUUUUCUCGUCCA